AUGGUCAUCUACACGGCGCCCAUGUCGUCGCCGUCGCCAUCGCUGACUCUCUCGUUCGCGACGUCCCCGCAAGAGCGAGAAGCGCUGGACUUCUUUGUCUACGAGUCGCGCGGUCGGUUUCCACCUGGUUUCUCGCAUGCGGUGUUGCGCGCGGCGCACCAAGAGCCGGUACUAGCCUCGGCGAUCAUAUCGUUUGGGGCGUUGCAGCGGGUAUUUGAAUUCGCAGAAGUCGGGACGGGGAGUGAGGCUAUGCAAUUCGCAACGCAGCAGUACGGCAAGGCACUUCGGAUGUUGCAGUUGCGCGCAAGAGACCAAACGUACGACGUGGCGUUGAUAUGCAGCGUGCUGUUUGCCUGCUUUGAGUGUCUUCGCGGAUGUCGCCGCGCGGCGAUAAUUCAUAUCGCGUCGGGACUGAAUUUGCUGCGCCAGGUUGAGGAGACGGCCGGGACGGAUCCUUGGGCGAUUGUGUCGCGAAGGACGAUUAGGGGGUUGUUCACGAGGCUGGAUAGCCAGCUUGUUGAGAUCUUGGGGAUCGGGGUUGGUGAGACGCUUGAACAGGAUGGGAUUCGCGCGCCGGAGGCAAUUGUGCAGACUAGUUCUGCUAGUGAUGCUGAUGCGGGCUCUGAAUGGGUGGGUAUGCAUGGAUCGCUGGAUGGGCUGUUGAACGCGAUCUUAAGGGAGAAGAUGGAUAGUGUAAUGGAUCCGCAGGGGUCAGCUGCCGCGUCCACGUCGAGCACUUUACUGUCUGCGUUGAAUACGUGGUAUUCACAAUUCGGUAACUUGGACUGCGACUCAAAGAGCUGGUCAUCCAGGACAGAUGGCGACGAUUUCAUUCUUCGCAUAUGGUAUCUAAUAGGUAAGAUGUAUCUGACUAUUCGACCAUCCGAUCCCGAAAGCGUUUGGGACCGGUUCUCCGGUGAUUUUGAAACCAUACUCUCGCUUUGCGAGACCUAUAUCUCUGAGUCUAGAAGGUUUGGCCUCAUUUAUACGUUCCAUAAUGGAAAUGUCUAA